AUGACAAACGCUACUAAGUUUCUUGUGAUGAUUAUGUUCAUUGGAGUUGUUUGUGCUGAUGUAGGCGCAAGGAAGCUCCAAAAAGUGUCCAAAGAAUUGAUGGAUCAGAAAGUAAAUUUUCCGCCGCUUCUAAUGGUUCCGCCGCUGUCACCACUACCACUACAACUACAACUACCACUACCACUAUCACCACCUACCACUGAAUCAGGUGAAGCAGUCUCUGCAACAAAAGGAGUAGGUGUUGAGAAUGGUGUAGGUAUAGUGUCCAAAGACACCAAAUUAGGCAUUACUAUUCCCAAAACUGCCACCACCAACGGUAAUGGAUUUGGUACCGGAUCUGCCUCCACCAAUGCGCGUGGCAGCAUUGGCAACAGUAGCCCUUGA